AUGAAGUUCGGAUACAAGAGCGAGACAAGCUCCUUUUUCGUGGGCACGGUGGCUUUCGCGGCUUGUUUCUUUAUUCCCCGGCGCUUCCUUGCUGCCGCCAUUCCAUUGUGCAUUGUGGCGAGUCGCCUGCUGGCGCGGGGCGCCGUGAAUCACGCACGCCCCGUGACGGAUGCGGACACUGCGGAUAAGCAGGCGCAGGCCCGCUUUGUGAUGUCCCGUGACAUGCCGCUGGCAAAGCGUCCGGUGGCGAUCGUGACGGGAACGAACACCGGGAUCGGGUACUGGACUGCUGUGGGUCUGGCUGUGGAGGGCUACGAGGUUGUGGUGACGUGCCGGUCGGCUGUGCUGACACAGCAGACAGCUGAGGGGGUUCGGCAGGAAGCGGAGCGCCGCCGUCAUGCCCAGCCGAAACUGUACACACACUCUCCGGCGUCAGUGCUCGUGGAGGGCCACCUGCCGGUGGAGUGCGACGACUUCGACAGUGUGCGUGCGUUUGCGGAAUGGGUGACAAAGAAAUACGCGCAGCGGAACGUGCAGGUGCUGGUGAACAACGCAGGCGGCAUGCGCAAAGGGCUGGGCUUCUCUCGUUUUCAUCCUAACUUGGAGUUGCACACCGCCAUGAACUUCCUCGGCCCGCUUCUGCUGACGGAGCUGUUGCUGCCCGUGCUGGAGAGGAACGGCGGCCGCGUUGUGUAUGUUUCCAGUGAGGCGCACCGCUUUGCACAGACUCUCCUCCUUCCCGGCCGAUUCAGUUUGUGGAAGUCGCUUAGGGCAUUCUCCACGUGCAACGGCCUCAUUGCGGGAAAGUUGCUCAAUGCGUUGAAGGAGGUCAACCAGGGUGCUGACAAGUCGAGCGGUCCGCUCCACACUUCUUCGACACAGAACGCCUUUGGCCGUUACGGCAUCAGCAAGCUACUGAACACCUACCACGCCCACAUGAUUGCGCGUCGCUAUCGCGACGCGAAGGUCGAGGCGCACCGUGUGUACGCCUGCUCGCUGCACCCCGGCUGUGUCGUUACCAGCUUCUCUCGAGAUAUCAUGGGCGGCUUGGUGGGUAUCAUUUUCUCAUGGGUGUCGCUGCUGUUCUUAAAGACCGCAGAGGAGGGUGCGCAGACGACGCUGCACUGCGCCAUGUGCCCGCGCACAGAGCUAGAGUUGGUAUCGCCGUCUGGCGAGAAGCCGACGACGAGCGCGGAUGCGGUGAGCCCAUACUUCGUGGAGUGCGCGGACCAGACGAUGAGCAUGCUGCGUGCGUACGGCUGGGACGUGAGUGAGGCAGCGGCGAUUUUGCAGUGGGGUCGGCAGCAAGUCGGCCUCGCCUAA